AUGAAUGGUAAAAUAUUUACUAUUACGUUGGAUAACGCCUCUGUCAAUGAUAACAUGCAAGACCAUUUGAAAACUCAUCUUCGAGUGCAAGGUAAUUUGAUGUGUGAUGGUGAAUUUUUUCAUAUCCGAUGUUCGGCCCAUGUACUCAACUUAAUUGUCCAAGAGGGUUUAAAAAUUGCUAGUGAAGCCCUCCAUAAAAUUAGAGAGAGUGUCAAGUAUAUUAAAGGAUCAGAUGGAAGGAUGCUUAAGUUUAAAGAUUGUUUCGAGGAUGCAAGGAUAAAUGUUAGUGUUGAUUUAAAUUUGAUGUAUCAACCAGAUGGAAUAGCACUUAUUUGA